AUGAUUGAAGCGUUUCGCGCGUUGUUCGCACCGAAGCGUCGGCGUGACGAUGCGCAACAGAACGAGGAACAAGCGAAACGGCGCGCGGAGAUCGGCGCGCGCGCGGUGGACUCGACGAGUGCCGGCGGUGCGUUCGACGGCACAGGAGACACGGAAAGCGCGGAGGCGGCGUUCGGAAGCGGGCCGGAGCGGGCGCGACGGACGGCGGCGGAGCGGCGGAACGGACGCGCGGCGGCGGCGGCGGCGAGAAAGAAUGAUGACGCGGAAGACUAUGAUGAGCAAGACUACUACUAUGAUGAUGACGAAGAAGAAUAUGAUGAUGACGAGGAAGAAUAUGAUGAUAACGAAAUCGAUUCGGAAAACGCGUCCAAUCGCCUCGCGCGAUGGCGAAAUGUCAAAGUUGACGAAUCGGUGGGAGCGCGGCGAGCGCCGCUCGCGGAUGCGUUGGCGCAGGCCGUCCAAUCGGUCGCGGCGACCAAGGUUUACCCGCACCAGCGUGCUGCAGCGAUGCUUCUGGUCGAGCGAUUUUGCUCGGGUUCGCCGGGGACACUGUUCGUCAUGGACUGCGGCCUGGGUAAGACGCACACCGUGCUCUUAUUGGCGGGUGCGCUCCUCGCGUGCGGUGUGCGCGUCGUCAUUGCUUCGGAAAAUUUGCUCACGUCGGAGUGGAAACGCGUUUUUGAGGAAUUAUGGCCAGAAUUUUUGGGGGAUUAUGACCUGGAAAUUGUUAUCUCGGGGCACAUGGAUAUCCACAAAACGCACGCCGCGGACGCUCUUGCGCAACAGGAGGACGAAGAUGCCGUCAUCAUUCUUGACGAGGCGUCGAGGUACUCGGACCAGUCGAACGCGAUGCACGCGGCCAUCAGUGAAAGUGUCGCGAACGGCUAUCAGCCGUUUCGCAUUCUUGUCACAGCCACACCGUUCACGAGUACAUUUAUGAAGCUUGCCGACUUGCUCAGUUUGACUGGCGUCGUGCGCGAUGAUGAGCUCGACGACUUCAAGGAAAAAUUUGAACUCGCGGCGCGGAACAUGGUGAACGGCAUCCAGACGGGUCAUGACACGAACGCGACCGAGUUGGCGGAUUUUUGCGCCGAGCUGACGGUGGGACGACGCGCGCUCGAGGAUCGAGAUGCAACCGUGGUCACAUCGCUCGUGCACGAGCUCGCCGUUCGGGUUCAGAAGGACAUCUCCGUCCUUACGAUACCGCUCACGCAGCCGCCUUCGUUUUGGAAUCAACUCAUCGCCACCGCCAGGACCCGGUGUGCCCACCAGGUGCUUGACAUUGUGUCGAAGUGCGAGUUGUCCGACACAUUCGCGUUGCGCGUCACGCGCGAACUUCAAAUCGAGCCGCCUAGCGGCGAUCGUAUGGAUGCUCCGGUGGAAGCAAUCGUGGACUUAAUUUGUACGAUGGCAACCGAAGGCGUCGUCGUCUACGUCCCGUCGGACAUAGCGAGCGGUGCCUGGUACUUGUGGGCCCGCCUCAUCGCGGUUUUGGGACCUGGAAAAUGCGCGAUCAUCGAUCAAGACACGAAGCAAGACGAGCGUCGCCGCAUCAUCGCGUCGUUCGACGAGCCGGCCGACGAACGUGAAUAUAACGUGCUGUUCGCAACAACGGAAACGGCGGGAUUCGGCAUCAAUCUACCUUCAAUCGACUUUGCGAUAUUGCUGACAAGCGCCUGGACUGCUUCUACGAACACUCAAGCGACGUACCGUAAUAUUCGAGCGUAUUCAAACGGACUUGCUCGAUCAAAACGAAUAAUUCACGUCAUCAUGAGCGGGUCGUGUGGAUCCGUCGCGCUCAGUCGAUUCUCUCGCGCAGCGUUUCGUGGUAAAAUAGGCGCGGCUCUGUUCCCGCCGCUGUUUCCUUCGGAUGCCGCGUGGGAUUUGCCAUUGUUGGCGACGACUGAAACGCCGUUGACCACGGAGAAGCGCGAAGCAAUUGCAGCCCUGUCCGAAAAGAACCAAUUUACGAACGAGAUGACCACGAUGACGUACGAGGAUUUUCUGAAACAACUGACAAAGCUCGAGGCCCCGGCGAACCACUCAAUUGAUUUUUUAUUCGAUUGCGGUUUCCACGGCGCAUGGUCGCGUUCGGCAAAGCAACGAUCAUCGGCGGCGAAGACGAAGAAGGGUAUCAGAAGGACUACGGGAGGAGGAUUGGAAUUCAAGACAUUGCGGGCCAAAAACGAGGCGGAGCGAGCGGUCCUCGCUGGAAUUGCGACGCCGCACCCCACGCCGAAUUUGACUUCAGAGGUUUUGGCACAGUGCACCGCUCAGGCUGAUUUGAUCAAGGUGGGCAUCCAACGCGCGCAAAAUGCUCUGGAUCGAGGCCACGUGUGGCGCCCGUCGACGUCGCAAGACUACUCGUUUUUGUUCCCAAAGACCACGUCGAGCGAUGCGCCCGUGCGGAGGAUGAUGAUCACCGCGUCGUCGCUCUCGGGGAGUUUAUUUCCAACGAGACCAGUCAUCCAAAAUAAGUACAUGCGCGCCGGCGUGGAGCUCGAGCCAAGCGCUCUGGAGCACAUCUCGAAAAAGUACUCCUUCAAUUUCGUGAAGGAUGUCGACAAAUGGACGCGCGCGCUCCCAUCGGAUCCCACGUUUUUGGCCGCAACGCUGGACGGGUUGACGACCACGGGCAUCAUCGUCGAAGUGAAAUUCGUGCACAAUUUUAUGGACGUGAUCACGCCGGCUGGGGCAACGAAAAAAUACGAAUCGUAUUUGCCCCAGGUGCAGGCGCAGAUGCACGUGUUCGACAUUGCGAUGGCGAUGCUCGUGUUCUAUUCGAUCGAUGCGGAGACUGGCGACAUGCUCUCGUGUGAAUAUUGGAUUCGACGCGACGACGCGUGGCUCGAUCGCAUGAAGCCUACAUUUGCUGUCGCUCUUGCGAAACAACGAGAACGACAUAACUUCGACCUCAGCUCUCUCUGA